AUGGAAGGGGUGAUGGGCAUUUUGAGGCUAAGAGUGAAGAGAGGGACAAAUCUGGCUAUACGUGAUAGAACCCGUGGCACCAGUGAUCCGUACGUGGUCGCAACCUUGGAUCAUCAGAAAACAAAGACUAAAAUAGUGAGGGACAACUGCAAUCCUGUGUGGGAAGAUGAUCUGACGCUUACCAUCAAGGACCCCAAGGUUCCAAUUAAACUUACGGUGUACGAUAAAGACACAUUUAGCGAAGACGAUAACAUGGGGGUAACAAGUGUUGAUGUAAAUCCAUACUUUGAGUGCCUGCAAAUGGGCUCGAACUUGCACCAUCUCCCGGUUGGUACUAAACUUGAGACUGUUCAACCCAACGAGCAUAACCGCCUUGUAGAGGAGAGCCAUAUCAUUUGGAAUAACAAGGCAAUCACACAAGAUAUGGUUCUUCGAUUGACCGACGUGGAAAGUGGUGAAAUUGAGGUGCAAAUAGAGAUAACUCCUAUUGAGAAUCACCGUUUAAGCAUUUUCAAGACCUGA